UUAUGAUAAAAUAAUUUAAAUUACAAGCCAGCACAGGGGUGUCCAAAAAGCGGGCCAGGGGCCAUUUUCGGCCCGCCGCUAGUUUGUUGGCCCUCAACAUUUUCUAAAAAUGUAAUUCCUUCAUUAUGAAUGAGCUAAACCUUAGAUUCAACACUUAAAAGGAGUUUAGCAUACACUCAAUUAGUUUGUGGCAUGCCUGCAGAAGAGUAGUCUCACACACACACACACGAACGAAGGGGCGGAGCAUGCUGCAGUGAGUGUCCAUCACAACAAAGCACACACAGUUUGAGGCUUACAUUUGUGUCCCUCUCAUGAGUUGUGAGUCCAGGCUUGGGACGGAGAGGAGAGCAGAGGAGAGGAGAGGAGGAGCAUGUUUGUGUGCAGAAGAUGCUGGAGUGCGCUCGCAGGGUCCUGAGUUCCAAAGUGGUGAAGGAGGAUGAGGCUGUGUAACCGAGGGAUGAUGAUGCUGAUGACCACGGCGGGGGCUUUCUGCGCCUUCAGCCUCAUGACCAUCGCCGUGGGCACCGACUACUGGCUGUACUCGCGCGGCAUGUGUCGCUCCAAGAACCUGGGAGACAAUGAGACGGUCCGGAAGAACGAGGAGGUUCUGACCCACUCGGGCUUGUGGAGGACCUGCUGCACGGAAGGAACAUUCCGAGGCGUUUGCAAGGACAUAGAUCAUUUUGCAGAGGAUGCAGAUUACGAGCAGGAUGCUGCAGAAUAUUUGCUACGCGCCGUGCGAGCAUCCAGCCUCUUCCCCAUCCUCAGCGUGGGCUUGCUGUUCCUCGGGGGCGUGUGCGUGGCGGCCAGCGAGUUCUACAAGUCCCGCCACAACGUCAUCCUGACGGCAGGCAUCCUCUUCGUCUCGGCAGGUCUCAGCAACAUCAUCGGCAUCAUCGUGUACAUAUCGGCCAACUCGGGCGACCCCAGCCAGAGCGACAACAAGAAGAGCUACUCCUACGGCUGGUCCUUCUACUUCGGGGCGCUGUCCUUCGUGCUGGCGGAGAUGGUGGGCGUCCUGGCGGUGCAUGUCUUCAUCGAGAAGCACCGGCAGCUGCGCACCAAAGGCCGGCCCUCCCUCAUCAAGCCGGCGCUUCCCCGCAGCUCAUCGCAGUACCGCAAGCGCUAUUUCCAUGGCCGGCCCCGCGGGUACAGCAACCGGAGCGACCACAGCACGGCCGAGUCCGCCUCCAACUCCCUCCGGGCGUCCCUGGUGCGGGAGAACUCGCUCUCCAAGGUGCUGGCCCCGCCCAGUUUGCCCACAAUGUUGACGGGGAGCUCGGACUUUGUGUUGUACGCGCUGGCCUCGCCUCCGAAGGACGGUAAUGUUGACAUGUUGGACGGUUUAGCCGCUGACGACACCGGGAACUGUGCCGCAAGCAGGAGAACCACUCCGGUCUGA